ACUUCCACUCCACACAAGUCUCAGAGCCGCCUGCUGCUUGCGUACUACAAUGAGGAUGCUAGCUCAGACUCUCCAAGGUAUUGCUAAUUUGAAACGAAGAAACAAACACCUUUUUCGCUCCCCUGCUUCCCCAGUACUCACCAGAAUUACCACCUCUUCCUCUUGUGGCCCAUGGGCCCCAUGGCAGGUGCCUCAGCUGCUCACAUUGAAGAUCUGUUUCCCUUUUAUGCCACAAUUUGUUUUCCUGUUGAGAUAACCAAGGUUGUGCUGGUUUCUGUGGAUAUGCUGAUAUCAGGCCUGAUCUUCCAGGUGCCCUGAAGGUCAGCAAGUCAAGACUGAGCCCUCAAAACUUCCACAGCUGUGGCCAAAUUUCCAAGGCGCUCCUUCCCUGAGUCCCCUUCUCCAUGCAUGCUCCUGGAUACUGAGCACUCUGACACCGGCUGCUGAUCAAGGGGCUGCAACUGGAGCUGAGCUCCCUUGAAAACCUGGCCCUGACUACAGAUAUGAGCCCUUUCCUUUCUAAAAUGCUAGGACCCAGCUACCUGCGCUGAAGUCAUUAGAUGCAUGAGAUGCUCUGUAUCUCUCAAAUCAGGCCUAUGAACGCUAUGGGCUAAAACCUUUUGGUGACUUUAGAAUAUCCCUCUUCUGUGGGUAGGGCUGUGGCAUGACAUGCAUUGUUUCUCCCUGAGCUGCAUUUGUGUGCUAGAUUUGUUUUUUUGCUGCUCUGUAAAAUAUUUAUGGUUGUGUGGUUGUAGCUGACAAGCGUGAGUACUGGAGCCUGCAGGCGUUUUUCCUGCCAAAAUCUCCAGUUGGCUUUGAUCAGGACUUUCUGAAUGGGAAAACAUGAAGAGUUCAGCACCUUGCAGGGCAGAUAAUGUAUUUGGCACAGUGGGCAUUGUCCUGAAAAAAAAGAGGAAUGAUGUCACAGUGCAAGAAGGUUCCAGAAGCUCGUGAUUCUUGGUGUCAGCAGGGGAGCAGGUCUCCAAACCAAGUCACAGUGGCAAGGGAGCUGUAAGCCCCAUGUCUGAGUGUCAUGCUGCUUGCAGACCUAGGAUAGACUCAGUCUUCUUGACCCUUCUCGGUCAAAGUCUGUGAGAAGGUGCAGGCGUGUCCUCCAUCUCUUUGACCUGUAUCAGCAAGGAUCUCUGCCAUCCUGUUUCUGCCAAGAGUUUGUCUCCAUCAUCCCAGAUGGCUGAGAUGAUGGCUAUCAGAACCCAAAAGUUCAAUGUGUUUGUAUCCGAGCCAAUGGGUGACAAGGAUAUUACAAAAGUAGAUGGGAUUAAUGAUGAUCUCGGAAUGAAAUUAGCUGCAAAAGGCUUUAACAAGGCAUACAUCCUUCUGGGCCAGUUCCUCCUGUUGAAAAAGGACUCUGCAGUUUUCCAGAGAUGGCUGAAAGGGACUUAUGGAGCCAGUCCCACUGAGGCUCAGCAGUGUGCUUCCUGCCUGUUGGAGUGGUGCUGUUCCUUCCUGUAAAGACCUGCCCACUAAGCUUUGAUGGUACACUUAGCAGGACUCUUCCAAGGACUGAAAUAAAGCAGCUCCUGAAUGAAUUGUACAGCCCAAAUGGCUUAUAUUUGAAUAGUUGCUGCUGUCCCCAAUCCUGUAAAUGCUCGUGUGCAGGGACUGAGCUUGUUCUUGGGCAAAGCAGGUCACGUUCUGCCUUUAGGGAGCUCUGUGAAUCCUCACUGUAUCUAUGACCAGAGUCCUAGCAUGGUGCAAAUAGGGAAAGCUGGAACUUCCUGAUUUUAGGUGAACCGUUAACUAAAAUCCUGGUUCAGCAAGGUACUUAAGCAGAUUCUUAACUUGAACUGCAGGACUGGUGCUGCUGUCCUCGGGCAUCUAGGCCUCAUGCUUUAAUUUAGAGAAGUGUUUUAAUUCCCUGCAAAUCUGGGCUUAAAAGGCAGGAUAUUUUUCUGGUUCAAGCACUAGGGUAGGACUCGAGACAUGUGGGUUUUGUUCCUAGUUCUGGCAGAGCAGUCCAUAUCCAGCUGUGGGAAGUUGCUGUAAUCUAGAGCAGCAUUUCUCAACCCAUGGGUCGUGACCCAAAAGUGGGUUGCAAGAAUAUAUGAAUGGGCCGCGAACAAACUUUAAAAAUGGAUCAUAUUUUGCAUACAUUUUUGAAAAAAUAGAUGCUGCUUGUGCUUCCCCAUAUGUUAAUGCUGUGCAUACUAAU